UAAUAAUAAUACCAGUGCACUGGCCCAACAUUUUCGGCCCAUUAGUAUAAAAAAAACCCUAAACUACCUAUGGUAUAUAAACCAACAACGUUCCUAAACCCUAAAUUUUUCACUCUUACGGAAUUCCGAGGCUCGAAUUGAUCUUCAAACCUCGUUCCAGAGAUGGGUGAAGAGGCAACUAAAGUUAUUGUUCCAGAGUCAGUUUUGAAGAAGCAAAAAAGGGAGGAAGAAUGGGCUUUGGCCAAGAAGCAAGAGCUUGAUGUCCAGAAGAAGCAGAGAGCAGAAAACAGGAAGAUCAUCUUCAAGAGAGCUCAACAAUACUCCAAGGAGUACGAAAAUCAGGAGAAAGAGGCAAUCUCCCUGAGAAGAGAGGCUAAGUUGAAGGGUGGAUUCUAUGUCGAGCCUGAGGCUAAGCUCCUCUUUAUCAUUCGUAUUAGAGGUAUCAAUGCCAUGCACCCAAAAACAAGGUCGAUUCUGCAGCUUCUCCGAUUGAGACAGAUUUUCAAUGGUGUUUUCUUGAAGGUUAACAAGGCAACCUUGAACAUGUUGCACAGAGUUGAGCCCUUCGUUACCUAUGGGUACCCUAACUUGAAAAGUGUCAGGGAAUUGAUCUACAAAAGGGGUUAUGGGAAGGUCGACAAGCAAAGGAUUGCUUUGACUGACAACUCCAUUGUCGAGAAUACUCUCGGUAAGCAUGGCAUCAUCUGUGUGGAGGAUCUCAUCCAUGAGAUCAUUACAGUAGGACCUCACUUCAAGCAGGCCAACAACUUCCUAUGGCCAUUCCAGCUCAAGGCUCCUUUGGGCGGUUUGAAGAAGAAGAGGAACCACUUCAUUGAAGGUGGAGAUGCUGGAAACCGUGAGAACUUCAUCAAUGAGCUUAUCAGGAGAAUGAACUAGGGUGUAAUUCGCAUCCUUUAUUUUUGGAUCCUGUGUUUAGAUUACAUCUUGAAAGUUUUGGAUAGAGUUUUUAAGAAUGAAUUCCGGUUGCUGUAGAAUUAUCUUUGCUUAUGAAUUAAAGUUUUGGAGAGACAUGAUACAGUAUGUGGUGCAGAUUUUGUGAGACACACGCCCAUGAAAUUUCUCAUAUGAUUCUAUCAACAAGUGCAGCCAUUCUUCUCA